AUGAAAAGGGUUGCUGUUAAUUCUCAUAAAUCUCAGCCUGUUGAUGAGGAAGCUAGGCUUAAUUUUAGACAUGAAAGUCUUCUGCAAGAUUACCUUGAACGACAAAAGGAAUUUGUAUCAAAGAAGAAGAAAUUGCAAGCAGCAAGGCAGAAAAGAGACAUCCUUUUAGGUGAAAUUGGAUUUUUGAGACGAAGGCAUAGGCAUCUGCUGAAGAUAAAAUCAGCAGAGACUGAACCAGAAGUCCAACAACAGAAGUCUGACAUACAACCUAAGAAGUUUUCGAGGAAAAGGAAAAGUGAUGCAAAUGAAGCUGUUCUAAAUAAACCAUCUCAAGUAUCGCCAGAAGGAGGAGGUGAACAAAUUGUUUCAGAGCCCAUAAGAGUAGAGAAGAAGCCUAAAAAUUGCCUAGUUGAUGACAAAAAAGUCGGAAAGAAAAAAAUUGCUUUGCAAGAUCAGGUUGCUUUGAAUGUUUAA